CUAAGAUGAGAAAAUUUAAAGAAGAGAUAAAGAAUGAUUGAUCGAUAUAUAUUAUAAUAGGAAAUACUAAAAAAAGGAUAGGAAGAAUAUUUGAAUAAAUAACUUAUCGAAGCUUAAGUAAAAGCUGAAAUAGUUGAAAAAAUUAAAUAGCAGAAGAGAGAAAAAAUGUGCUAAGCAAUAGAUUACAAUUGAAAAAAUAAAGAUGAAUUGAAAGAAAUAGAAUCAAAUUGUAUUUUUUUUAUUAUCGAUAUUAACUGUUGAUUAUCAUAAAAGAGAAUUUUAGAUUUAUUGGGAAAAAAGAGAAAGAUAAUUAGAAGAAAUAGAAAGAACAGAAAUACUAAAGAGAAAGAAGAGUUUA